GUCUGCGGCACCACAGAGUUAUUCCGUACACUGGACGUUCCUGCCCGUGCUGCGCCCUCUUUGUGGUAAGAUGGCGAGUGUGGAGGUGCAACGGGGUAGCCCUGGCGUGGAGGAAGAUGAGGGCGAGAAACAUGUGAACGGGGAGGUAGAGGAAGAGGAGGAAACCACAGCCGUCGGAGAGAACAGCGCCAGCAAAAAGAAGCGGAAGAAAAAGAAGAAGACUAAGCCAGGACAAGAAGCGGAAAAAGAGGUGGGAAGUACUACAGCGGUCAUUGACGAAGUAACAAAACGGCUGGAGAAGCAGGAGCUGGAUAACAAGGAAAAGGAUGACGACGAAGAAGAUGGUGAGGGCGAGGGCGAUGGAGCAAGUGGUAAGAAGAAGAAGAAAAAGAAGAAGAAGAAGGGCCCCAAAUCACAAACAGAUCCACCCUCUGUUCCCAUUUGUGACCUGUACACAAAUGGCAUAUUCCCCAAAGGCCAGGAGUGCGAGUACCCAACAUUACAAGAUGGACGUUCUGCUGCCUGGAGAACAACCAGCGAUGAGAAGAAGGUUCUGGAUCAAGCAAGUGAGGAAAUUUGGACUGAUUUUAGACAAGCUGCAGAAGCCCACAGACAAGUCAGGAAAUAUGUCAAGGGAUUUAUUAAGCCAGGCAUGACCAUGAUUGAUAUCUGUGAAAAGCUUGAAGACUGUUCUCGCAAGCUAAUUAAAGAAAAUGGCCUGUAUGCUGGCCUUGCAUUCCCUACAGGCUGCUCUCUCAAUAACUGCGCAGCUCACUACACUCCUAACGCUGGAGACACCACCGUGUUACAAUAUGAUGACGUGUGCAAAAUUGAUUUUGGAACCCAUAUCAAUGGUCGUAUAAUUGACUGUGCAUUCACGGUCACAUUCAAUCCAAAGUAUGAUAAGUUGCUAGAAGCUGUCAAAGAUGCUACAAACACUGGGAUAAAGUGUUCUGGCAUUGAUGUACGUCUCUGUGAUGUGGGAGAGGCAAUCCAAGAAGUUAUGGAGUCGUAUGAGGUUGAAAUAGAUGGCAAAACAUAUCAAGUUAAACCCAUUCGUAAUCUAAAUGGCCAUUCCAUCGGUCCUUAUAGAAUACAUGCUGGAAAAACUGUGCCCAUUGUGAAAGGAGGGGAAGCAACGCGAAUGGAGGAAGGUGAAGUGUAUGCCAUAGAAACAUUUGGUAGUACAGGAAAAGGAGUUGUCCACGAUGACAUGGAAUGUUCCCAUUACAUGAAGAACUUUGAUGUUGGGCACGUGCCAAUAAGACUCCCAAGAGCAAAACACCUGUUGAAUGUCAUCAAUGAAAACUUUGGCACACUUGCAUUCUGCCGCAGGUGGCUAGACCGCCUGGGAGAGAGUAAAUACCUAAUGGCACUAAAGAAUCUGUGUGAUCUGGGUAUUGUAGACCCAUACCCUCCUCUGUGUGACAUCAAGGGCUCUUAUACUGCACAGUUUGAGCACACCAUACUGCUGCGCCCCACCUGCAAAGAAGUUGUGAGCAGAGGAGAUGACUAUUGAGGCAAUUCCUGAAUGCAGCACUGUAUGUUUCUCUUUACUGCUUCUGUUGGUGUUAAAGUAAUUUGGAAUAUGGCUUUCCUAAUGGUGGUCGCACAUUUGCGAAGGGGGAAUAAAACCUGAUCAGCAAAUAGCUUUACUAACAAUCUGGGAGGGUUAACCUGAAAGCCUUCUCAAUUCAGUUCACAGCUUUAUUCAGUACUGAGCUUUUUUCAGUACACAGUGAGUUCUAGGUGACCUGAAUCAUUUCAUCUAACCUACUUAACUCUUCAUUAUAAAGGGCCAACUGUGGCGUUUCUCCACGCAGAAUGACAAAGCACGCAUUCUCUGAGUUGGCCCUCCAUAACUCACAGAGAAAUUGGUUAAAUGGAAAUGGUUUAGUUGACUUGUAAUGCGCAGUCUAUUGAACCAGACCCCCGUGUGUUCUGUGUUUUGUUAUUUCAUGGGAUGGUAUAAAGAAGCUAGAUUUAAGAGUUUUGCAUUUAAUUUAACAUGCUUUGAAAUAUUUAUAUUCCUCCACUACAACAAGUUUCUGUAACUUGAUUUGUGCAAAUUCUACUAUUGCAGUUUGAUUCCCUGGAAACCAUUUUGUAAAAAAUAUAAUAAAGAAUUUUCAAAGCAUA